AUGAAGGGAGAGAGGAAGGAGAACGGAGGGACAGGUGGCGAGGAGGUGGAGAGGGAGUCGCUGAUGAUGGAGCUGACCCGGCUGGUGCAGAAGGCGGUGAAGGAGAGCAGCUGGUGGGAGAGGAGGGGCAUCGACUGCAGCAUCUUGGCGGCGGCGUUCCUGUGUCUGCCACCUGGUAAGACUCUUCACGCCAGGGAUGAGUUCACACAGCUGCUGGGGCCAUAUGGCGCUCCGCUGAGUGAGCUGUCCUGGUCGUCGUCCCUGGCUGUGGUGGCCAUCUCCUUCUCGUGCCUCUUCACCUUCGUCUUCCUCAUGCUGGCUUGCCUCUGCUGCAAGAAGGGAAAACUCGGCUUCAAGGUGUGCAGGUGUGCAGGUGUGCAGUUGGUGAUUGCAGAGAUCAGGUGCAUGUGUGCAGGUGUGCAGGUGUGCAGGUGUGCAGGUGUGCAGUUGGUGAUUGCAGAGAUCAGGUGCAGGUGUGCAGGUUUGCAGGUGGUGAUUGCAGAGAUCAGGUGCAGGUGUGCAGGUGUGCAGUUGGUGAUUGCAGAGAUCAGGUGCAGGUGUGCAGGUGUGCAGGUGGUGAUUGCAGAGAUCAGGUGCAGGUGUGCAGGUGUGCAGGUGGUGAUUGCAGAGAUCAGGUGCAGGUGUGCAGUCCCGCUCCUGAAGUCCUCUGAUCUGAGCCGCCACAGUCUCCUCUACCUGAAAGAGAUCGGGAAUGGCUGGUUUGGGAAGGUCCUGCUGGGGGAGGUGAACACAGGACUGAAUACCACCCAAGUGGUGGUGAAGGAGCUCAAGGCCAUUGCCAGCGUGCAGGACCAGAUGCACUUCCUGGAGGAGGCUCAGCCUUACCGCACCCUGCAGCACCCAGCUCUGAUGCAGUGUCUGGCCCAGUGCACCGAGGUCACUCCCUACCUGCUGGUUAUGGAGUUCUGCCCGCUGGGUGACGUGAAGGGUUACCUCCGAAGCUGCAGGUCUGCAGACACCAUGACCCCGGAGCCCUUGAUUCUUCAACGCAUGGCCUGUGACAUCGCCUCGGGACUCCUGCACAUGCACAAACACAACUUCACGCACAGCGACCUGGCUUUGAGAAACUGCCUGUUGACCGCAAACGUCUCAGUGAAGAUCGGAGAUUAUGGUCUGUCCCACACCAAGUACAAGGAUGAUUACUACGUGACCGCGGAUCAGAUGUACGUGCCGCUGCGUUGGAUCGCUCCAGAGGUGGUGGACGAGGUGCACGGAAACCUGCUGGUGGCAGAGCAGACCCAACAGAGCAACAUGUGGUCUCUGGGUGUGACUAUCUGGGAGUUGUUCGAGCUCGGUAACCAGCCCUACAGACACUACUCUGACAGACAAGUCCUGACCUACGCUGUGAGGGAGCAGCAGCUGAGACUCCCCAAACCCCUGCUUAAUGUUCCCCUGGCUGAACGCUGGUACGAGGUGAUGCAGUUCUGCUGGCUCCAGCCUGAUCAGAGACCCACCGCAGAGGAAGUCCACUUGCUGCUCAGCUACCUGUGUGCCAAGGGGGCCAGCGAGGCCGAAGAGGACUUUGAAAGGCGGUGGAACUUAAUGCGCCCCAAUACCGGAUUCAACACCCACCUCGGUGCCUCGGCAAUGUCACGAGAUCACCCCUCAGGAGGCAACUCCUCGUUCCCUCUGCUGGAGCAGAUCUCAUCCGGGGACGGUUACCAGUCAGAAUCAGGGGAUGAUAUCUUAACAGUCACAGAGACCAGCCAUGGACUGAACUUUGAGUACAAGUGGGAGCAAGCCAGAGCGGACCAGUCCUACAGAGCCCCGGACUCCUCCUCCUCCCUGGGUCAGGUGAGCCAUCACUGUCAGGAAGCUUUUUACCCUCCUGGAGGCAUCGUGGGAGGCUGCCCCAUGGAGAGCCUCAGCCACGGACUCUCUCCAUCCUACUACCAAUCAAAGCACCUACAUGCUCCAGGCGUGCUCCCCGUCCUCAGCGCUCACAGCCCGUCAGUCGGCAGCGAGUACUACAUCCGCAUUGAAGAGCCGGUGGACUGCAACAUUGAUCUGGAUUACACCAUGUGCUCGUACAGCCCAGACUACCAGGGCAGCAAUGGAAGCUUCCUGACUGGGAGUGCAGACUCGGGCGAAUGCAUGGCUUGCCCAUCACAGGCCAAAAGCAUGGGUCCUUAUUGGUCAGCAGAUAUACUUAAGACAGACGUGUACGAUUCAAACGAGUCAAGUCCCGCCAUCUCCCUGACCAUGGAGCCUCUUUUAGGGCAAGUGUCUGACAACAGUCCACUACGACCCUGGGAGUCCAGUCACUAUGUGUCCUAUAAAGACCGGGAUGGGGGUUACUACUAUGAGCACUCGCCCUCUUUGGCGCUAGAGAGUUUUAUGAUUGGGAGUGAGCCCUCCAGAAGUCAUCUUCGAGAGAGCUGGGGGUCACGGAGCCUGCGCCAGGCUUUAGGUGAACUGGAAAACCCGCUUGGUAUUUCUCCUUCUGUGACCAGUCCGCCUCAGCAGGCCUUCAGAGACACAUACCUGGAAACAAGUCAGACCUCUAUAAUCGGCAAGAACGUGACGGGAGGCUACUACGACAUGAUGGGCUCCCUGAGGAAGACCAUGCCCAGUCACACCCGGCACAACACCCACUCAGUCAGCAUCAACAUGGAGACCGAGGGGGCGCUCUUCAUCGGGCACAGAGACUCGGACUCAGAGGAGGAAGAGGAGGACAUAUUCGUGGAGAGACACACCUGCAACACUUGGCCUUCGAAGCACCGUCACAGCAGCGGGGGUCACCACAGACGGGCGAGCCACAGCUGCAGGCAGGACGCGUACGUAGACUUCCACUACACCAUGCCGAGCACAGACAUCGAGGACUCCUGGCCCGAGGAGCACAGCCUGGCUUUCCAUUCCCUCCCCAAACCCGUCGACUAUCUUGAGCCGCACCAGGCCAAAGAUAACAGUGCCUGUCUUAGUCUGAGCAAACAUCACGCGAUGGUGCCGUCAGACAACUGCAAUGCCUACAUCUACCUGUGCCAUGAGGCUGAGACUCAAGUCCCGGCAACCGGAGAGUGCUGCCACUCGCACUUCAUCGACCCGCUUACAGGCUUGCUUGUCAGAAACAACAGCUACAGCCACACUUACAGUACCGGCAACUACAUCAGUGAUAAGGUCACUGACAUCCAAAGCAACGAGGAGAUGAUCAAUCUGUCACCAGCUCCGGGGGGUCCCAUUGUGCCCAAAGCUGCCUUGAUGAAUAAGACUGAGGAGAGAAGAGAGCAGUAUGUUGACCUCAUCGUUGGGGAUGCACUAUUCAAGGAGAAGAGGGAGGAUGUAAUCAAAGAAAAUCCAAUCAUGCAGAAACCAGCAGAGCCUAAAAUAGAAGAGGUGACCCUGACGAUGACUAAAGCCACCCCACCUCCUGUUGACAACAUGCAUGUGAUGGUGUCCCUCACGGAUCCACAGUCCGAGCUGAGUCCCACAGCAGACAGCGGUGUGGACCGAGGAGGCUCCAGCGUGAGCCUCGCUGACAUCCUGGACUGCAGCGAUGAUGACGAUGAGGAGGAUGACAUGACGGAUGAUAUCACCGAUGUAACCUCGGGGAUCUUCGCCGACGAGUCCAGCGAGCUGAACGCGUCUCCUGCGUUCAAGUCUCUGCAGAAGCAGGUAGGAACUCCCGACUCCAUGGACUCGAUGGAUCUGCCAUCCGCUGCCGGGUCUUGCGAAGGCUUAAGUCCCGCCUCCUCCCACCCUUCAAGCUCCCCAAAAGCAAUGGACAGUGGCUAUGACACAGAGAACAAUGAAAGCCCUGAGUUUGUCCCCAAAGAGCCUCACGACCCCCGGGAUCAAACCCUCGAUAAGAGCCUGGAGGAGGAAGAGCUGCUGGAAGAGGAGGAAGUCGAGCCCUCAGAGAAUAAAGAGCUACCAGGUGACGAGUCGUCCUUAGUCCCAUCACAGACAGGCGACCACAUCCUCUUACCACUCAGUGACAAGACUCCUUACAGGGACUCGGCCUACUUUUCAGACUACGAGAACGAAAGGCAGUCUAGAGAUGAAGGGGACGAACUGUUGGAGGAGAUCAGAGAUGGACAAGAUGUCGAAAAGGAACAAAACAGUGAGGAAAAGAAGGGGGAAAAAAGGAAGAAUGAAGAGGAGGAGGAGGAGGAGGAGGAGGAGGAGGAAGAGGACACUGAAGCAAACAAGGACAUAAAACUUGAAAUGGAGGAGAUGUUAACAGACGGAGGAGAGAUGGGGGCGUACCUGGUAGAGGAUUGUGCUGAGGAUGAGGAGUUGGGUUUACCUCUGGAGCCCUCUGACACGGCUUCAAUAUCUGGACUGGAUGAAUGGCCGUCCCAGGAGGAGAACUCAUCCCUCGGGGACUGGGCGGCGGAGGUAGUGGGCGCCAUGGAGGAAGCUCUUGGUGCUCUGAAUGGAGAUAUAGCCAGUGUUCAGGCAGAGGAGGAGGAAGAGGAAGAGGAGGAGAAAGAAACCUCUGUGCAGGAUUUAGGAACAACUGAAGAGCCAGCAGACUUGACUCCUCCAAGCAGGCCCUCAGGCACAUCCACAGGAACCCUGCACACGCUACCCAAAGACGAGGUGGCCCUCCAGCACACGGCCAACACCAGACGCUUCUCUUCAUCCUCUCCUCCACCUCCAUCCACCUCCCCGCCUCCUCUCCCAGCAGAGGGCCGAGCGUCCCCGGCAGAUGGCGAGGAGGCAGACGAGGAGGACGGCGACACGGACGACAGCGACGAAUCGGACGAGGAGCUGAGAACCUACAGCGUGCAGGAGCAGAGCGCCGGGGAGGAGAGCGACGAGGAGUGCCACCCGGUGCCCAUCGUGGUGAGCGACAACAGCGACGCGCACAAACUGCGCAGCCUCCUCAAGAUGCCGAUCCUUCUGACGACGGAGAACAUCGAGGAGGAGCUGGACCGGCAGAAGAAGACGGUGUCUUUCUUCGAUGAUGUCACCGUCUAUCUGUUCGAUCAGGAGAGUCCGACGAAGGAGCUGACUGAAAAUGGCUUCCCGUUAGAAUCAGAGAGUCAGAGCUCCAGGAGCAAACCCCAGGACAGAGUCACUGCCUCGGAUGACUCUUCAGACGGGAACAUCUCAGAGGAGAGUGCAGGGUACGAGUGGGAGGACGACUUCCCUCUGCUGCCUCUACCAACUUCUUCAGCGGCGUCUGACUCGCCUCCGCCUCGCAACGUUCCCAAAGCUCCGAACCCCAAACCAGCUGUACAGUUCUCCCGCUUCACCGUCUCCCCGUCCAGCGUGUCGCGUUUCUCCAUCACUCACAUCUCAGACUCUGACAUGGACUCUGUAGGAGGAAGCAGCGAGGACGGGGACAAGGAGUAGAGAGCCGUGGAUAUUUAGCACCUCUUUGUGAAGAACACUCGGCCUGCUCGCAUGAAUUCUGAUUUAUUUUUAACAUCAGGUUUUAGAAACACAAGACAGUGCCUCUUAUCGCCUGUGGACACUUUCCAAAGGUCCUUCCUUUCCACGAAGUCGGACCUGAGCUGUUUAGAUUACUGAAAAGAAUACGGUUAAUAUAUAAAAUUUACAGAAUAUUAAUAUAUACUGUAUGUAUGAUAUAAAGAACAUAUGAAUGGAAGCAGGGGAAACUUGUACGUUCUGCAUAUUUUUUGGGAUCAAAAAGACGAAAAGAAAGGACAGAAGUUUGGAGUUUGGAGAGCGUCACAUUUUUCACCUCCUUCACUUCUUCAUUCGUAACGAAAGCGUUCAUGAGAGAGCGGAGACGCCCGGACUAAACUGUCGCUGAGGAAAAGACAAAGAUCAAUCAGCACUUUGAAGAAGACUUUACAGCUCCACAAACUUUUUAGGAAACUGCUUUACUUGUCUUAAAGAGUAUCAACGAGAACUUUGAGGUAUCACGAGUAAUAUAAUGUUUAUAUUUGAUUCAUUCAGAGACUCAAGGAGACACGCCGAGGACAGAGGGAAGGAAGGAAGCAAAGGGAAUUUCAAAGGAAACAGCUGAUCGAACCAGGACAACCUAAUAUUCUGUGACUUUUUCCUUUCUCUUGUUUUCUAUCAGGAUCACUUCUGUGCUGUUUAUCAUCAACAUGUGGCUCAUUCCUUCAACAAGCACCACAUCACAAAUAAACUUCACCUUAGCUGUUAACAUCAGGCACAACAUUUUCAGAGGAAGUCAAAUUCAGACACGCACAUCCCUCAGGGGGGAAGCUAAAGGAAAACAAGACGAGGAAGAGGAAGGGUUCAUUUAGCACAAACAUGCUCUUCCUCAGAUGCACCAAAACAUUCGUGAGUCAUCUUAAAGACCUUGUACGUCAGGAGGUACGUUCUUGGGAAAAGCAUGUCGACACGAACCCUUCAAAGAAACAAAGUUUGACUGUUUUAAAUAAAGCAUGCACGGUUUUAAUACCAAGAGAGCAGUAUUUUAAAAAUGUAUCUCUUAAAAGGGAAGAAGACUGUGUUUUUCCUCUUUCAGAGUCACAAAACCCAAGUUUCAUGCUUUAAAGCUCCUGUGAGGAACUUUUGGUUUCUGUUGAUUUUGGCGCCCCCUGUGGUCGUUAGUGAUAACAUCCUGUAAGUGCAUAAUGAGUGUUUUUGGACACAGGACUCUCUUUUAAAAGCCGAAUCACUCAUCUUUACUGUGAGUACAUCAGCAGUUGAUUCAUGCAUGUGGUCUGACACCUACCCCCCUUCCUCUGGUUUCCUACUUUAAAAUAACAACACAGGAACAAUCACUCUUCUUGUUGAUGGUCUAGGUUCCUAUCUCGGGUCAUUUUGAGGCAUCAGUAUUAAUUUCAGUCUGUUUCACAACCAGCUAAAAUCUCCUCACAGGAGCUUUAAGUUCAAUAUCUGUGACGUUGAGGUUUUAUAUGACACUGAUGCAUCUACCAAGUAAAUACGCUAUAAUAAGACAGCUGUGCAACAUCAUUACAACCCCGAUCCAAAAAGGAUCAGACGCUAUGUUAAGGAAUAAUAAAAACAGAUUUUGAUGGUUUGCAAUAAUUAAAAGACUAUGUUUAAUUGAUGAUAGUGCAAAGACGACAAAUCAGAGAUUAAAACUAAGACUCCAUGACUCUGUAGUGGAAGUCACUGCAUUAAAAACAGACAUGACUCUGUAGUGGAAGUCACUGCAUUAAACACAGACAUGUCUGUAGUGGAAGUCACUGCAUUAAACACAGACAUGUCUGUAGUGGAAGUCACUGCAUUAAAAACAGACAUGACUCUGUAGUGGAAGUCAAUGCAUUAAAAACAGACAUGACUCUGUAGUGGAAGUCACUGCAUUAUAACAGACAUGAAUCUGUAGUGGAAGUCACUGCAUUAUAACAGACAUGACUCUGUAGUGGAAGUCACUGCAUUAGAAACAAACAUGACUCUGUAGUGGAAGUCACUGCAUUAAAAACAGACAUGACUCUGUAGUGGAAGUCACUGCAUUAAACACAUGCAUGUCUCUGUAGUGGAAGUCACUGCAUUAAACACAGACAUGACUCUGUAGUGGAAGUCACUGCAUUAAAAACAGACAUGACUCUGUAGUGGAAGUCACUGCAUUAAAAACAGACAUGACUCUGUAGUGGAAGUCACCACAUUAAACACGGACAUGACUCUGUAGUGGAAGUCACCGCAUUAUAAACAGACAUGACUCUGUAGUGGAAGUCACUGCAUUAAAAACAGACAUGUCUCUGUAGUGGAAGUCACUGCAUUAAAAACAGACAUGACUCUGUAGUGGAAGUCACCGCAUUAAACACAGACAUGACUCUGUAGUGGAAGUCAGUGCAUUAAAAACAGACGUGACUCUGUAGUGGAAGUCACUGCAUUAAAAACAGACUCUGUAGUUGAAGUCACUGCAUUAAAAACAGACUCUGUAGUGGAAGUCACUGCAUUAUAAACAGACUCUGUAGUGGAAGUCACUGCAUUAAAAACAGACUCUGUAGUGGAAGUCACUGCAUUAAAAACAGACUCUGUAGUGGAAGUCACUGCAUUAAAAACAGACAUGACUCUGUAGUGGAAGUCACUGCAUUAAAAACAGACAUGACUCUGUAGUGGAAGUCACUGCAUUAGACACAGACAUUACUCUGUAGUGGAAGUCACUGCAUUAGACACAGACAUGACUCUGUAGUGGAAGUCACCACAUUAAAAACAGACAUGACUCUAGUUGCACUUUUUCAAUCAAAUAAAAGGUUUAAAUAAUUUCCAAACCAUCCAAAUUUGUCCUCUUUAACAUUUUACUCAGCGUCUCAGCUGUUUGGGGAUUGUGGUUGUUGAAGGCCAAGUACAAUCAAAGACUUUGCAGGGAAAGAAACAAGGUUGGACCUUCUCAUUUUCAGAGUAUGCAUCAAUGUGUUGCUUGACUCUAAAGGCCAAUAUAUGGAAACACACGCUCUGAAAAACCUGCACAACAGAACUAAACACCUGACCUAACUGUUACUGUCACAUGCUGUAUAUUAGCUGCACUGUGCAGUUUUGUACCGUCACUCUGGAUCUCUGACCCGUUUUGGUUUUGAGUGGUUAUUAUUUGAACUCCAGCCACAUUGAACUGUAAAACAAACUCUUGUUGAAGUAUUUAAAACCUGCUUUUGGGUGGUACAUAUCAUAUCCAUGUUAUCUGUUUGAUCAGCUGGUCGAAUGCUGAUAGAGGGCUCCCGUCAUGAUCAUGAAGUGUUACAAUGAUUUGCUUUCUGUGCGUGGAAACCGAAGGUACGUGUCGACGACUUGUUGGUUUGGCUCUCGUGCCUCAAAGACGGAGGAUCACACCUUUCUAAAAACACCCGAUGACCGACAUGUAGUGUCUUCUAAGUGUUCGUUUGCCGUCUGAGGCUUUAAUAUUCUGUAACAGUUUAGCAUAGAAGCAUCUGAACAGCUGUCCGUAAUAUUUUUGUAUCUAGACAAAAAUGAUCUGAAGAGUAUUGAUGUACUGUUCCUGUGAAGAAGGGAAGGCUUGGAAACAUGUCUCUGAUGUUUAUUGUUGCCAAAGAGAUGUUGUGUUGUGGUCCAGCAGGGGCAACAGGUGGUUGUUUUUACCCUAAUAUGAAGAAGGAGAAUGAAAUAGCAGCUUUGACCUGCUGGUGAAGGCAGAGUUUGGGAUACUGUCAGUAACAUGUGCCCCCACACUGACCUGGUCACAUCAUUACUUUCUGUAUCUUCUAUCAAAUAUAAAUAAAGUUGGUUUUACACAUCUUA